AUGGAUAGAAAUAACACUAUGAAUGAGACUUCUGAUGAACGUCGACGAAGACUUAAUCGUGAACGACAACAACGUUAUCGCAAAAACAAAAGAAAUGUGGAUUCAGAUGGCCCUACGGAACUUGACCACCCAGGAGAAAAGAAGGUAUGUAUGCAAGGUGUAGUUAGUGACAUUAUGGAUGAGACUUCUGAAGAACAUCAACAAAGACUUAAUCGUGAACGACAACGGCGUUAUCGUGAAAACAAAAGAAAUGUGGAUUCAGAUGGCCCUACGGGACUUGAGCAAUUUUUAGAAAAUAACAUGUCUACUGCUGAGCAAGAAGUAGUUAUUCCUCCGACUACUGUUCUUCUAAAAACAUCAAAAGCGCGUGUUUAUCCAUGGUGUUCACAAGAUGAAAGAAAAAAAGGCACAUCUACACGAUCACCAAUUUUUACAACAUGUUGUGCCAAAGGCAAGGUUUCUCUUCCUCCUAUUGAGGAAUUACCACAUCCUCUCAACAUGCUUCUUACUAGGACAGAUCCAAGUGCACGUUUAUUUAGGAAAAAUAUUAGGUCAUAUAAUUCAGCUUUGGCUUUUACAUCUAUGGGUGCAAAGGUUGAUAAUAGUAUAACAGGAACAAGUGGUGUUUACAGCUUUCGUGUUCAUGGAGAAAUGUAUCAUAGCAUAGGCACAAUGCUUCCUGACAAUGAAGCUCGCCCUCAAUUUGCUCAAAUAUAUGUGUAUGAUACUGAGCAUGAAUUGCAAAACAGGAUGAAUGUAAUGCCUAAUCUUGAUCCAGUUAUUCUUGAGGAGCUUCAGCAAAUGUUACAUGAUGUGAACCCAUAUUGUGAAAUGUUCAAACAAGCUGGAGACAUUGUAAGAUUAAAUCCAUCCUUGGACUUGCAGAUGGUAAUCACAGAUAGUAGAAAAGAAGAUUCUCUCAUGGACAAUUAUAUGUUGCCUGUUCAAGAGUAA